CCAAUCCGCAGGAAAACAGGAAGUAGAUGGAGCUGCGUUCACUGACAUUGUUCAGCUCGUAAUUAUCCAUAACUAUAGUAAAAUUAUAAGCAGCACAGAGAGGAAAACACUUUUCUCAAUUUCUCUGAUAUAUCCGGGAUGUUCAUUUGACAGUGAAAAGAGUUUCGAUAAUCCUAUAGCAAAAUUAUUGAGUUUAAUCUAACGAGGAUCCCGUAAUGGAAUGACGGGAGAGUGGAUUUUUCCAUUAUCUGGGUAUUCCGUCAAUGCAGCACAGGAGGAAGUAGGAGACAAACGAAAUGAGACGUUAUUGACUUUUGGAAACUUUGCUGCACUCAGCACACCUAAACCUCUGCUGUCAUCAAAUAUUAAUUUACGACCAGAGCUGAGCCAUGGCCAGUAUUCAGAUCCGGAAGUUUUGCGAUGACGACGCAGAGGCAGUUAGGGAGAUCUUCACCCUGGGGAUGAGCGAGCAUGUGCCCUCGUCCUUUAUGCACCUCCUCAAACAGCCGCUGUGUCAAAUGGUGCUCAUGUGCACGUUCUGUGCUCUCAUCACAAGCUCCAAGUCCUUCCUGCUGCCCAUCCUGGCCGUCACCCUCCUCCUGGCUGGGGCCCGGCAGUUCGUUGUCUACAUGUUCAACAAAUACAUCGACACCUCCCUCAAGAAGGACCUCAACAACAUCAGUGAGGUCUACCUGAACCAGAAGGACACGUGUUUUUGGGUGGCUGAAGUUGACGGUCGAGUGGUUGGCUCAGUGGCUUGCCUUCCUAAUGAGAAUGCACCUGGAUGCUUGGAGUUGAAACGAUUGUCUGUACGCCGCAGUCACCGCGGGAUGGGCAUCGCUAAGGCUCUGUGUCGGACAGUCGCUGGUUAUACUCGUGACAGGGGCUACGCAGCAGUCAUCCUGUACACCUCUGUGGUGCAGACGGACGCUCAGAAACUGUACGAGCACAUGGGCUAUGAGAAGAUAAGAGAGUUUGUUGUUCCUGAGCUUCCUGCCAAAAUUAUGAACUUCACUCUGUUUGAGUACAGACUGGAUUUACAGAAAGAUGGGAAAAGUGACUGAGCAGUCUGAAACUGACAGACUGCGAAACAUUUCAGGGUGACAGUACCGUCCAUUCAUUCUAUUUCUUUGCUUAUGAGAUCCCAGCAUGCAUUACUGUGAAAGAUACCAAACUCUCAAGAUAGGUCAGGUGACGGCAUCCACAUGAGGAACUGUUUACUCAACACACUUGCAGUAAAAGGUUUGGCUUUUUUUUAAUCUAAUUACAAACACACAAAACAGAUUAAUCAUGUAUUAUUGUUUUUUUCAAAGUCUGCUAUGUCCAUGUUGUCAAAGGGUCUGUGUCGAUUGUCUUGAAAAUAAUAUGCAUAUUUUAAUUUUGUAAAGGAUUUCCUUUAUUCGUCAUACUUAGAAUAAAUUGAUUGACCUGAUCAUGAUUCUACAAA